CCGAUGAACUGCCGAGGUGGCGUGAGUUUCCAUAAGAGGCGUUUUGAUGAGACAAGCUCCAGAAUAGCCGACAACAUAUACGGUCUCCGCGACAACAUCAAAGGACAAAUGGCUCGCCACAAAGAUUUGACACAUGGCGAGAAGUACAACACAGAGGCUAUUCUUCGUGAGCUGUACGGCUCUCUAAACGCUGAACAGUUCAAAACCGAUCCUGACCCGCGACGAAGCUAUCGGAACACAAACGACGCGAGGAAUUCGAUAUCGGUCUCAAGCAAACGAUCAACAUCGCUCAAAGAUGAUCUAAACGAAGAGCAGUUUGAUACGUAUGAUUUUAUCAACAAUGAAAAGCGGUCCGAUGACGAUUACCCAUUUGAUUUAGACUACGUGCCAACGGCUUUGGCUGAUCCCCCACCAUUAGACAGGUUGAAAAAUAUCAAAGCGACGCAUGACAAGUACUCAGACUACGAUUUAUUGGACGUUUUUGACGAUUUCUCGGAUAGGGACAGUUUGGAGCUCUUAAGAAACUACCACGACAGUGGAAAAAUGAGAAUACUGGAUUAUAUUAAGCGUCUUCGACGUUAAAUUCAUAGCAUAUACCUCUGUUUACAAGGACAGGUAUUAUCUAGUCCCUAAGUUAUAUUGAUUAGUUAAUCAAGACGAACGACAGUUGAAAUCAGUUAUAGUAUGUUUCCUUUUGUCUGUACCAAUGGAGAAACAUUAGGUGAAAGAGUGUUUCAUAAGUUUUAAAUAUUAUUCACAUAAAAAAUGCGAGAAGAACGUGUUAGUGAAUAUUGAAAUUUGGAUCGACACUUUCUCAAAUAAAAAGGGCAUUUAACGUGGUAACUGUUAUAUUUCUUUUAAGUAUGUGUCGUUCCUGCUUGAUAAUGCAUCUUAUUUCAAAUAAAA